AUGCACGUGCAGGUGGCUGGAGGUCACCUGCAGCAGGAGGCGGCGGUGGCGCUGCUCACAGGAUCGAACCUGCACGUAGGCACCUCGCGCCGCUGGAACCGCGAGAAGGAGAGGAGCUGCCGCCUCCUCGGCGGCGAGGUGGGGGGCGCGUUGUCUUGCUGCCUGCCGUGCGCCGGCGGCGGCGGCGCUGGCGCCGGGCCCGUGGCCGCCGACAAGCCAUCGGCUCUCCUCCAGCGACAAGCCCUCCAGCAGCAGCAGCAAACCUCGCAGCAGCAGCAGAAGCAGGAGCAGCUGGCCGGCUGCAAGGGGGACCAGCAGCAGCAACAGCAGCUGCUGCUGCAGUCCUGCGGCAAGGCUAGACUGGAGGUGAGGGAGGAGCGGCUGGACCUCGACGACGUCUAUCUCGGUGACGUCGAGGAGGAGGAGGAGGACGACGACGAGGAGGAGGACGCCGAGGGCGCCAAGGACGGUGCGCACGAGGGGGGCGGCCAGCACAGGCUCAGCCCCAGGCUGCACGACAUCGAGGAGGAGGACGAUGAGGAGGGCCGUAAUACGCGCGAACGGUGA